AUAUUCAUCAUCUUUCGAUUUAAGCUCAUGAAGCUAGUGCUCCCGCAUAUUGGCCCUGCAUCAACAUCUCUUUAUCCUUGUUCGGCAUUCGAGUCGUACAUUGAACGCCAUGAGUUUCUGUGAAGAUUGUAUCAAAGGGGUCAAACAUGAAGGAACUCCCGAAGGGAAAUGGGAAAAUAUCAACGGAGUUGAAUGCUACGUUGGCACUCCCAGUGGUGAAUACCAGAAAGACAAAGUUCUUCUCUACCUCAGCGACAUAUUCGGACCACAGCUCCCGAAUGCUCAGCUUUUGGUGGACGGUUUUGCAAAGAACGGUUUCAAAACAGUGGCCCCCGAUUUCUUUGAGAAGGAUGGAGUGCCUUUUGAUCUAUUCGACUCUGAGGAAAAACGACAAGCCUUUGACCUCCAAAUCUGGUUUAGUCGCCAUGGACCCCACAUUACGCGUCCUCUCCUUGACAAAGUCGUUGCCGCGCUCAAGGGACAAGGUGUAACAACGUUCGCUGCGACUGGGUAUUGUUAUGGAGGCAGACUUGUCUUCGAUUUAGCAUUUGAGAAUAUCACUUCUGCGUCUAUUGCGAACCACCCAUCGCAUUUGAAGUCUCCAGAGGAUUUGGAGAAAUACUUCUCCACCUCCCGCGUUCCACUGCUUCUUAAUACUUGCACCGUCGACGAACAGUUUCCUCUACCCGCUCAAUCCCAAGCCGAUGUCAUAUUCGGUGAAGGUAAAUUCACUCCUGGAUACAAACGCGAGUAUUUCGAUGGCUGCACGCAUGGAUUUGCUGUGAGAGGAGAUUUGAGCAUUCCUGAGGUGAAAGCGGGGAAGGAAGGAGCAUUCAAGGCUGCUGUGGAGUGGCUAUAUAAGUAUGGAUUUGUACAGGAGGGAAAGGCAUCGAAGUAAGCAACUUGGCUCGUGGAGUGGUUGUAUCACUACAGAUUUGGGCCAGAGGGUAGGCCAGUUUCCAGCAACAUAUCCAGCUGUAUUAU